AUGUCGAACACCUAUCUGGACGCAAUAUUUCGUACGCUAGACACAGACGGGAAUGGCUGGUUAACGUUCGACGAAGUGAAAGGCUUCGCCCUGCGGCAUUUGACCCAGCUAAUGGGCCAGAAUCCCACAGAGUUGGAGAUUAUGGGAUAUUGUGACAAAAUAGACAAAAAUGGUGACGGUGCAAUCUCGAAGGCGGAGUUAAAGCAGUUCAUGGUCGAGUUUAUGGAAGUAAUGGGGGACCCGGUUACUCGAAUUAGAUCUGCGACUAAAACCAUGAUGAAAGUCAUAGACAAAGACGGGAAUGGCUUGAUUGACAAAAAUGAAUUCAGAGAGUUCAUGGAGAAAAACAAUUGCAAGUUGGCGGACGAUGAGAUUGACUCUGUGUUCAGCAACGUUGACCGGGAUGGGGAUACAGACACGCUAAACGUUGAAGAAUUCGUUCAAAUCAUCUCGAUUGGACAGGCAGCGAUCGGAAAGACUUUUGAUUGCGGACAAUAA